CAAAUCAAAUCAAAUCAAAUCAAAUCAAAUCAAAUCAAAUCAAAUCAAGUACGUUAGAAUCAGCAGCGAAGAAUCGGAAGCACGAAGAUGGGGUGUUGCGCGAGCAAUACAGCAGGAGGAGGUUCAAAAGCUAGUCGGGUCGCCCGGUGGCGAUCCACCGGUAUUAUCGGGCUGCGCGACUCCAAAUUGAAGACAUUUCCUGAUGAAGUUAUUGAAAUGGAGAGAGCAGUACGAACACUGGAUCUAACACACAACAAGAUCUCUGAUGUUCCUGCAGAAAUCAGCAAGUUAAUCAAUAUGCAGCGUCUGUUAAUAGCUGAUAAUCUAAUUGAGCGCCUUCCCGGGAAUCUUGGGAAGCUUCAGUCUCUCAAAGUUUUGAUGCUUGAUGGGAACCGUAUCAGCUGUUUGCCUGAUGAAUUGGGUCAGUUGAUAAGGCUUGAACAGCUAUCAAUAUCAAGAAAUAUGCUGAUAUACUUGCCUGAUACUAUCGGUAGUCUGCGCAAUCUAGUGCUGCUGAAUGUCUCAAACAACAGAUUGAAAUCCCUUCCAGAAUCAGUAGGGAGCUGUGCCUCUUUAGAAGAAAUACAGGCUAAUGAUAACGUCAUUGAAGAGCUCCCUGCAUCACUCUGCAAUCUGCUUCAGUUAAAGUCGCUUUGUUUAGACAACAAUCAAGUGAAGCAGAUUCCAGAUGGAUUGCUGAAAGAUUGCAAGAGUCUGCAAAAUCUUUCUCUGCAUAACAAUCCCAUUUCCAUGGAUGAGUUUCAGCUGAUGGAAGGAUACCAAGAAUUUGAAGAAAGGAGAAAGAAGAAAUUUGAUAAGCAAAUCGAUUCUAAUGUGAUGAUCAGCUCUAAAGGACUCGAUGUAGGGGUUGAUAAAUGAAUACUACUGUCUUCCUACAUCUCCUUAUUUUGUCGGAUUGGUGAAUGAGGAUCAACGUUUUGUGUAAGAAACAUUGUUGUACAACUCUCUCGCUAGAAUCUCUGUUAUCCGGACUCUUGAAAAUUCUUAUGAACACAUACGCAUGAUGGCGUGUAUGUGUGUAUGUAUCUUUGUAUGUGUAUGUGUGUUUAUAAUUAUACAUAUAACAUGGCAAAGUGAUUAUUGCCCUUUUUUACUGAGAGAAAACUGUGUUAAGCGUGACUUAAAGUGUGUGUUCUCUUUUCAGUUUUAAAACAACUGCAGUAGUUGAAACAUUUGUCUGCAAACCACAAUAAAGUUCAUCAUAAUCUAAUGACCAACAAAGAUCAGACAGGAUCAAGAAGAAGAGACAAGGGACAUGAACUCUUGAUCUGAUUCUAAAGCUUCCAUAAACUCUGGAAGAAGACACACUUCCAAAUCUAUGCUUCCUCCACCUUCUCUUCCUGGAUAAGCUGAUACCUUCCCAUCAUACUUAUUCCCAUAACCACUUCUAACCGCAACAGCUUUCCCCAUCCCAAAUUCACUUCCAUACUUGUUAAACCAUGGUGAGCU